CGUACCACUGCAGUAUCGCGACCGAAACCACCGAUAGGUAGACGUGCGGUUGGUGUACCUUGGAUAUAUCGAUUUAUGAUAAUAAUAUUAUUCUGUUUUUAUUCAAACAAAGUGAACUUCAUUAUAUUUUUUAAUAAAUAACAAUAUACGUGCAUUGAUAGUUUCGUGAAUAAUUGUGCUUAAAGUAUUUAAUUCACUGUAAAGAUUUUAGCAAUCAUGACUUCGUUUCCCGGUGCUUAAAUUGGAAGAUUCUUUAAAAAGAUCAUAAUGAUUUUUGGACCAAAACUGGUCAUCGGAUUCAUCCUGUGGGCGCUGGGAUACAAAGAAACCAAUGGACACGGACGACUAAUUGAACCACCCUCCAGGGCAUCCAUGUGGAGGUAUGGCUUCAAUACACCACCAAAUUACAACGACAACGAGUUGUAUUGCGGCGGCUUCACGAGACAGUACCAGACGAACGGAGGCAAAUGCGGUAUAUGCGGCGACCCGUGGGACGCUCCACAGCCGAGACUACACGAAGCUGGCGGAAAGUAUGGCCAGGGAGUGAUUGUGCGCCGUUACAAAAUUGGACAGCCAGUAAUUGUGCGCAUCGAGCUGACAGCCAACCAUCGAGGGUACUUCGAGUUCAGGCUUUGUCCGAACAAUGCACCCAAGCAAGUUGCUACCCAGUCGUGUCUGGACAAGUACGUUUUGCGGAGGGUUAAGACUAAAGACGCCAUUGAAGCGUUCCACGACACUCGAUUCUACCCAGGCACCGAGAACAAGGUGUACGAAAUGAGGUACCUGCUUCCCGAAGGAUUGACGUGCAGUCAAUGCGUGUUGCAAUGGAAGUACAUUGCGGGCAACAAUUGGGGUGAGUGCAGUAAUGGCACUGGUGCGGUGGGCUGCGGGCCUCAAGAGGAGUUCCGGGCAUGUGCUGACAUAUCGGUGUCAGACAGAGAUGGCACAGUCGAUACGUCACCAUACCCAACUCCGAUAACAAUAACGACGUCUACUACCAGUGCCACUGAGUCUGAAGACACCAACGAAAUACCAGAUACGACAGAACAUCAUAAGCCACAAUCUACAGGAUUCAGCUUGGCCAUAUUUAUCAUAUCUAUUAUAUUAUUGUCAUUGGGCUUCAUUUUGAUGGUAUUCAUGUUUGUGUACUGGUACUUCUAUCAUGCUGGAGACACCAUAAAAUCAUGGUGGAGAAGAAUGGCUGAAUCAUCUAAUUCUUGCAUGCGAAAAAGUGUCAAUGAAGAAAAGAAAACAAGCAAAAAUGAACAGCCUAUACCACCACCUAGGGUAAAGAAGACCACAAUAGGUUUUAAAGGUGUACCCGACAAUCUAGUGUAAGAGUAUUAAACUAUAAGUCAUAAUUUAUAAGCUGUAAAGAAACUUUAAUAUUAAUUUUACAAUUUACAAAUUGUGAUCACACUUAAAUUAAAUUUACUUAAUUAAAAUCUGUAUAUAUAUUUAAUAUAUUAUGAUAUAACUAAGACUAUGUGUGUCAAAUGAAGACAUGGUUAUUAUGAGUAUUUUUUUUAAAACUUGAUUUUAUUUAUAUACUAUUAAUAGUGGUCUAAAAAUUAGAUAUUCAUAAUAAUAAGUAAGGUGUUAAUGA